AUGAAGGACUUGGGUCCUUUAAAAUAUUUUUUGGGCAUUGAGGUGGCUCGUAGUUCUACAGGAUUGUUUUUGUGUCAGCGAAAUUACGCCUUGGAUGUUAUUUCAGAAUCAGGUUUGCUAGGAGCUGAGCCAAGUGGUUUUCCCAUUGAACAAAAUCAUAAACUUGGCCUCGCUCAGGGUGCAUUCUUAGUCGAUCCGGAGGCUUAUCGCCGACUUGUUGGCAGGGAAGAACAUUGGGAGGCGGCUCUACGUGUUGUGCGGUAUUUGAAGGGUACUCCGGGACAGGGUAUUUUGUUUCGUGCAGAUUCUGAUCUUACGUUACAGGGUUGGUGUGAUUCUGAUUGGACAGCUUGUCCUGUUACUCGUCGGUCUCUUACAGGUUGGCUUGUUUUUCUUGGUCAGUCUCCCAUCUCUUGGAAGACUAAGAAGCAACAUACGGUGUCUAGAUCUUCUGCAGAGGCCUAA